AUGCACCCAUUCCAGUGGUGUAACGGGUGUUUUUGUGGCCUGGGACUGGUUAGCACCAACAAGUCCUGCUCAAUGCCACCCAUCAGUUUCCAAGACCUUCCCCUCAACAUCUACAUGGUCAUCUUUGGCACAGGCAUCUUCGUCUUCAUGCUCAGUCUCAUCUUCUGCUGCUAUUUUAUCAGCAAACUCCGGAACCAGGCACAGAGUGAGCGAUACGGCUAUAAAGAGGUGGUGCUUAAAGGUGAUGCCAAGAAGUUGCAGUUAUAUGGGCAGACCUGUGCAGUCUGUCUGGAAGACUUCAAGGGGAAGGAUGAGCUAGGUGUGCUCCCAUGCCAACAUGCCUUUCACCGGAAGUGUCUGGUGAAGUGGCUAGAAGUACGCUGUGUCUGCCCUAUGUGUAACAAGCCCAUUGCUGGGCCCUCAGAGGCCACUCAGAGCAUUGGAAUCCUAUUGGACGAGCUGGUGUGA